AUGGCGACGGACGUCGGCGAGUUGGCGAGCAAGUUGGACGCGCACUUGGUGCUGCCGUUGUUGGAGUUCGCCGCUUCGCGCGGGACGCACGCGAAGGCGGACGUCGACGCGGCGCGGGUGGAGAUUUUGAAAAAGACACACAUGUGUGAUUACUUAGCCGACGUGAGCGGUGUGAGCGUCGAUGCGGCGACGCGCGAGGAGGUGUUGAAGACGCACGAGACUUUGCGCGCGGCGGCGUCAAAGGCGGCGGAGUUCGCGAGCGACGGCGCGGCGAUCAAGGCGAUGCGCAGGGAUAAGGGUGAGAACGCGAAGAUCGCGGAGGCGAGCCAUGGGAUCACGAGCGCGGACGUGGAGGCGUUGUAUACGUUUGCAAAGUUUGAGUACGAGUGCGGGGAGUACGCGAGCGCGUCGGAACACCUCGGAGCGGUGCAACUUCUGAGCGCCGACAGCGCGCGAUGCGAGAGCGCUUUGUGGGGGAAGUUUUCGGCGGAUAUUUUGCUCCAAAACUGGGCCGCGGCUUUGGACGACAUGAACAGAUUGCGCGACGCGUUGGAGACGAACGCGAGCUCGAGCGCGUACGUGAAGAUGAAGCAACGCGCGUGGUUGCUCCACUACGCCCUGUACGUCUUCUUCAACCACCCGAACGGGCGAAACUCAAUCGUGGACGUGAUGUUCCAAGAGCGUUACAUGCAAGCGGUGCAGCAAGAGUCGCCGCAUCUGUUGCAAUAUCUCGCCGUCGCGAUUGUCGCCAACAGGAAGCGAAGAAACAUGAUCAAGGACCUAGUGAAGAUUAUUCAGAGCGAUUCCUACCGCGAUCCCGCGCUGGAGUUCAUCCUCGCCCUUUUCGUGGACUAUGAUUUCAAAAAGGCGACCGAGAAGUUGAAGCAGUGCGACGACAUGAUUGAGAAGGACUUCUUCUUGAUCGGCACCAAGGAGGCGUUCGACGAAAACGCGCGCGCGUACUUCAUCGAAAACUACUGCCGAGUGAACAAGCGAAUCGACAUCGGUGCCUUAGCGUCGACGCUCGAAAUGUCCGCAUCCGCCGUCGAGGCAUCCAUCGUGACGCUCAUUCGUCAGAACAAGCUCAACGCGCGCAUCGACGCCGAGGCGGGCGUCGCGCACGUGCGCGUGGAGACGAAAUCCAUCAACGAGCAAAUCAUCGAAAAGACCAAGGCUUUGCUCUCAAAGACGAACGCGUUAACCCAGGCGGUGUUGGCCAACACGCAGGCGCAGGCGUUUUAA